AUGGCGUGGGCACGGGAUGGGACGCUCGAGUUCGAGGCCGACCUGCCGAGGAGGGAGUCUGCCGCACCCACUGAGGAGCUCGAGCUUGUUCCUCUGCUUAGUCCUGAGAAGCAAGUAAGCAUAGGAACCAAGCUGGGGGCCACCGACAGAGAAGAGCUAAUCCACUUCCUCAGAUCCAACUCGGAUGUCUUUGCGUGGUCCCAUGAGGACAUGCCUAGCAUUGACCCGAAAAUCAUGACGCAUCGCCUCAGCAUAGAUCCGUCAUUCCGACCUGUAAAGCAAAAAAGAAGACCUAUAAACAAAGAGCGGAGUGAUGUAAUUGUUGAGGAAUUCGAACCCAGAACUGCGUUGAAAGGACAAGCGGCAACAGAUUUCAUAGCCGAGCUCACACCACCUUCCGAGCUGAGCGAGGCCGACCUACCGUGGACAAUCUAUGUCGACGGAUCCUCCAAUGAGAAGGGGUGCGGGGCCGGGGUCCUCUUGCUCGGACCAGGAGGCGAGCGAUUUGAGUAUGCCCUGCGGUUCGGUUUCCGGACUUCUAACAACGAGGCUGAGUAUGAAGCAUUUAUUGCCGGCCUACGAAUCGCUAGAGCAUUGGGGGCCUCUUGUGUUAAGGUCUUCAGCGACUCCCAGCUGGUUGUAAGCCAGAUCAAGGAAGAGUACCAAGCCAAAGACUCCCGAAUGGAGAAGUAUUUGGGCAAGGUCAGAUCGCACCUCGCCCAGUUUCGAACUUACGAAGUAAGCCGGGUUCCCCGAGCAGAAAAUUCUAAUGCUGACGCCUUGGCCAAGUUAGCGUCGGCGUACGAGACCAACCUGGCCAGGUCGGUCCCCGUCGAGAUCUUAGAUAAUCCCUCGAUCUCAGAGCCAGAUCUGAUGGAGAUCGGCGCUCCAGAGUCCUCAUGGAUGGACCCGAUUGCGGACUUCAUUAGGGGCAACUCACCACAAGACCCCAAGGAGCGCAGAAAGUUGGCAAGGCGAGCAGCUCGGUUCGUGGUCCGAGGUGAAGCAUUGUACCGACGAGGCUUUUCCCUACCUCUAUUGAGAUGCCUAACCCCUGAAGAGGGCCUGUACGUCCUCAGAGAAAUCCACGAAGGGGUGUGUGGCAAUCACUCAGGCGCUCGGUCGCUGUCGGCCAAAGUGAUCCGACAAGGAUACUAUUGGCCGACCCUCAGCCAGGACGUCAAGAAGUUCGUUAGAACUUGCGACAAUUGCCAACGCUACGGAACCAUAAUCCACCAACCUCCCGAGCUGCUCACCCCCAUCUCGGCCCCGUGGCCAUUCGCGCAGUGGGGGGUGGAUAUCAUUGGUCCUUUCCCUUUGGGCAGGGGUCAGACCAAGUUCGCUGUGGUUGCUGUGGAUUACUUCACAAAGUGGGCCGAGGCCGAGGCGCUCUCCCACAUAACGGAAUCCAGAGUCACGUCCUUCGUGUGGACAAAUGUCAUAUGUCGCUUUGGUAUACCGCAGGCCACUGUGACAGACAACGGGAAGCAGUUUGACAACGCCAAGUUCAAAGACUUUUGUAGCAAGCUUGGCAUAAGUCACCUCAGCUCGUCACCCGCACAUCCGCAAGCAAAUGGGCAGCUUAGCUACGUCAAAACUAGCUUAUCGGGUCCAACGGACGCCUCUAAGACCAUUCCUAUCGAGAAACUAGUCAAUAACGGGCUAAACGGCCUUAUCGGGUACUGCCGGGAUGAUUUCUACCGAGAUCCGGACAAGGAAUGA